AUGUCCUCCGGAAGCAGUCGCGACAAACGCCACCAUCACCCCGUAGACAGCCUUUGUCGGAAGCUCCAGAACAUCAACACGAAGGACCGGGCCUCCAGUCCUGCCCUGCAGAUCCCCAAAUUCCAGUCCAAGAACUUUGACAGCCCACAGGGCAAUGUGAAGAAAAACUUGGAGGAGAUCUUGAAGAAAAGGACCCUGAAAACAAGUGACAGCAAUGCACAGGGCUGCGAUGACCUGCUGAGCCCCUUCAGUGAUAAUAUCUUCUCCCCGGGUCGGCAACCGGCGUCACCGAGUCACCGGCGCCUCUCAGACAUCCGCUCAGAGUCCGUUUCGGGUGCUGGAAACAAAGAGAGAGCCAACAAGUCGUGGCUCUUUCUAGGCCAAGGAGGAGGCUCUCCGUGCCUCUCCAAAUACAAGGAAUCUUCCGCCAAUCAACCGUCUGGUUCCUCCAGUGCAGAGCAGAGGGCUGCAUCUUCUCAGGAAUGGGGCUACAUCACCUCAAGCCCGAAUUUGUCUACCCGGGACCUGAACCCCAUGCAGCCCGUGUCCCACUCUCCUGUCAGCAAGAAACUCUCUUUGGGAUGGAGACUGCCAGCAGAGAACAAAGAUGACGACAGCGCUGAAGUAAGCCUCAUCUGUGAGGAAGACCUUUUGACUACUAUGUUCUCUGCUUGCGACAUAGAAAGGAGAGGCAAAGUGGCUGUUUCCAAAUUAGUUGACUUCGUGAGAUACACAACUAGCCGGAGUUCUGAGGACAGCAGUCUUGAGGAGCUGUGGAACAUGCUUGAUCCUGAUAAAAGGGACAUCUCCAUGGAUUUGGAAACAUAUCAUGCCAUCAUGAAGGAAUGGAUCGACGACUGCAGGAGAAGCUGGUAACUGACGGAAAAACCCAAAAUGCUCUGUACAAAUGUCUGUCUCUUGAGCUGUCACAGGAAACCUCUUUUUUCAGCCAAAAGUCCUCUUGUGAGGCUGAAUGUAACUUCCGGAAGCCUAGAGGCACUUGGUGGCGAUGUUUCCAGAGGAGACUUGGAAACCUCUGACCUGAUCACUUGCGUAGCAGAUCUUCAGUUCAGCAAUCAGAAGCUUCAAGAGGAGAACAACCAGUUGAAGGCAGCUCUGGACGCCAUGGAGGAGACCAACAACAGAUUGAUGGAGGACAACGUGGGGCUGAAUAAUCAGAUAAAAAGUUUCCAGCAGUCUGUGGCUCGAGUGAAAACCUUAAAAGAGGAGCUGGAGGAAGCAAAGAAUACCCUUAACGCUGCAGAGGAAAAAAGGCUGAGAACAGCAGCCCAGAAUAAGCAGCUAGAAAAGGAGAAUCAGUCCCUCAUUCUCAAGAUCUCAUCUCUACAAGAGGAGAAUAUUAGGCACGCUCUGGAUUCAGAUGGUCUCCAGAAGAAGAUCACAGAGCUGUCAAGAAAUAUGGCUGAACUCCAAAUACAAGUACACCUGUAUGAAAAGACGGUGGAGAAUAAAGACGCCUCCAUCCUCAAGAAGGACCUGGAUAUUCAGGAGCUGAAGUCUACCCUCAAGGAAUACACCUCGGUAAUAGAGACCCUGCGGUUGGAGAAGAAUAAAUUGGUGAACAACAUUCAGCAAAUGCAGCAGGAGUUGAUCUCGAAUGGCUUCAACUUCCCCUUGAUAUACAAAUUCAACAGCAGCAUCCUUGAAGGGAGCAGUUCUUUGCACUGCGAACUGGAACUUGCCCAAGAGCAAUCGGAGGUCUCUGGAAUCGAUUGGACUGCACUGGAUGAAUCACUGGACAGAGAGGUUUUGCUGCUUCUGCAAGGGCCAGAGAAAGUGGGAGAAAAAUUCAAGGCCACUGUUCAGAAACUGGUAUUGAAAAAGUCUGUGGAUGGAAUAGCAAAUAAACAAGAACUUUCUCGAGUGGAGGAAAUAGCCGCCCUGCAGGCAGAGGGCUUUGAGGCAAAUAUGCAAGAAGCCCAUAAGAAGAAGCUCAUGGAGCUCAAGCAAGAUCUGGUGAAGAAAAGAACUCUUUGGCUUCAGAGACUUGAUCUCUUGGAAUCUCAGAAGGACUCAUUGGACAAGGAGCUUAUAAAGAUGGCGGGAAACCUGAGGAGGAUGAGAACUGAACAGCUGCACUUGAAGAAAGCACUUUCAUCCAGGCAGCAUGAACUGGAAUUGGCCAGACAGCUGAAAGAGGACACUGUGUCAGAAGGAGGCACCUUGAGAUCAGCACUUCAAGAGCUAACCCAACAACUUGAGGAUGCCAGCAAGCGGGCUAAGGAUCAGGAGAACGACCUUCACGCUGCCAGCCUGGAAGCAAGAUCUUUGCAAAGGGAGCUAGAAGAGAGCAUCGCUGAGCAAACAAACCUGCGGAGUGUAAAUAUAAACUUAACACGCACUUGCCAGGUGCUGGAACUGAAAGCUAAAGAGCAGAGCACUGCUCUUGACUCGCUCAGGCAGAAGCAUUUUGAAGGACUGUUGUGUGGAGUUCUUUGCCAGAGCUGUGCCUGUGAUGAUGAGAGUUCUUCGUCCGGCCCAAAUGUAAACGAAGAGAUAAGAACAGAGCAGAAGAAAAACUGCUGCUACAAAGGAAUCAGGUACCAAGAGAAUCUGCUGUUUGACUUGUCCUGGUCACAUGCUUCAAGACGCCGGUGCUUGCAAUAUUCUUCGCUACUAGAUGCGUUGGCCCUUGACCCUCUCCAGCUGAUCCAGUGGAGCUCUGUGUCCACGGCCUUUGAAAAUACUAGAUCCCCGUCUACCUCUGGGCAGAAACACCUGAGAAAUGACUCCAUCUUCGAUGUGAAUCUGGAGGGGCACAAGUGCAAUGCCCAUUCUGUUGGUAACCAGUCCGAUGCAGAGCUUGCCUUAGCCAGAAGGAUGGAUGCUGAUGCUACCAAGGAGAGCGAUGCUGGACCACUGACAGAUGCCUCAUCUAGCAGCGAACAAAGUCCAACCCAGGCAAUUACUUCCUCCACUUCAGAAUGCACUAAUGGAACACAGGAUGUGGACUCUACACUACUGCAUGCCGUAGAGGAGGCAGUCUGUGAAGUUACUCUGCUGCCAGGUGAAGAAACUGCUGCAAAGGAAGAAGCUAACGGGGAGACUUUCACCAAGAGGACUGCAGGAGAUCCUCCUUCAUCUGAGGACCUGUCUAGCAUUGCUGUGUGUAAAACCAGGCAGAAUGACAACGUGUCUCCCAGUGAGAAGGAAGUGGAGGGAGAAUUUCUUCGGCUGUCUCUAGGAUUCAAAUGUGACCUCUUCACUUUGGAGAAGAGAGUCAGGCUGGAAGAAAGGUCCCGGGAUUUAGCAGAGGGAAACCUGAGGAAGGAGAUUGCCGGUGCCUUGAAACUACUUGAUUCUCUGGCCUCUCUAAGUGAAGAUAACCAGGCACAGGAGAUCGUCAAAAAGCUUCAGAAGAGCUUGGAGCUGCUGAACCAGUAUGCUACCAGGCUUGCCAGCAAGGCAGAAAUGCUGGGGGCCAUUCAUCAAGAGAGCCGGGCCAGUAAAGCUGUAGAAGUGAUGAUUCAGCACGUGGAGAACUUGAAGCGUACGUACGCCAGGGAGCACGCGGAGCUGGAGGAGCUGAAGCAGGUGCUGCUCCAGAACGAAAAGUCCUUCGGCUCUCUCGGGGACCGAGAUGAAUCUUCGAUUAAAAAGCUCUCUGGUUCCUUAAAGCCUUCAUCCCUACGCCGAGUUAGCACUGCAACCUUGCCUAGGAAUACUGGAAAUGCUGUUUUGCCGCUGGGCCAGUUAAAUGAAACAGAUGGAAGUGAAAAAAGUGACAAAUUCAACAGGCGCUCUAGUUGGGGCUUAAUAGGAGCAAAGCAAGGCGAGAAGCGCCCUUUGUUGCAGAGGUAUGUAAGCUCGCCUUCCUGGGCUGAGUCGGAGGAAGAGCACACUGAGCCCAGAAACACUCCUUUGGAACCGCCGGCUCCUGAGACACAAGGAAGCAGAGCUUGGAAGCUGAGCGAAAAGGAAAGCAGCUCAUCGAAAUGGGGGCUGCACUCACUGUGUAGCAGAUUCUUCUCUUGGGCUUCCUCUCUCCAGACUGCCAUCUGCAGGACCAGCAAGACUCUCUUCAUCUCCGUCUUUGCGGUGGUGCUCCUUGCUGUUCUUUCGACCUUCCUCCUGGGCUUCUCCUUCCAGAGGCCAGCAGAAGGAGCCCCUGUUGGGCCAGGGGAUGCUUGGACAUCCGUGCAGCAGCUGCUGUGGCCAUAUACUCGCCUCCAGCACCAAGCUCCACCUCCUGUAUAAUUCACUGGUGGGAGUUCAAGAUGAGGUACCUUUCGGACAUCAAGAUGGGGCGCCGUCUUGCCGUGUGGUUUUCAAUGGGCAGGUGCAAAGGGGUAGAUACUCCAAGCUCCCUGAACUUUCAGCGUCAUCCAAGGUCCCCAUGCACCAAAGAAUGCAGCUUCCAGAUACAGCAUCUCGGUGUUUCCGGAAGCCCUGCCCUUGCAAGUUAUUUCCUGAUAUUUCUGUUCAAAACGAAACACAGUUUGAUGCUUUCUGGCACCGCAAG